GAUGGGAAAAUUACUUUAUGUUUUAUACAGUUGCUUUUAUUAGUACACACCUGAACCACGUCAAAUUGUUUGCUAGUCUUUUAGUACAAAACAAGGUACAAGUGUUAAAAAUUUUAAAAUCAGCGAUAGUGUAACAGAAAAUGGGUGACACUACUUACCUGCAGUUGAAUGGAGAUUUCCCAACAAGAUUGCCAGAUGACAUCAACGCGAUAAUGAGCAGUAAAGUUCAGAACUAUGGUAUUCCAUCCAACUAUGAUCCGGCUGAUCAUCCCCCAGUGAGACUAAGACAUAAUCAUCACUGCGAUCAGAGUGAAACUCAAAGGAAACGUCGAUCGAAGAACAGGCUUUCAAAUCGAAGAAGUACCGGUUAUGUGUCUCCCGAAAUGGUUGAAGAGGCUCUGAAAAUGGGCGAUUUAAGUGAGAAGGUUUAAAUGUGAAAAUUCAAGAAAUAUUAUCUCAUUUAAUGUCGAUUCACGCCAGGGAAAACCACACGAACUGACUAAUUUUAUAAUACCAAUGAUGAUUUUCUUCCGAAAAAAUCCUAAUUCCCCUAAUUAAUGUAUAAUGUUGUUACUCACUAACUCAUUAUAAUGCAAAGAACGUAAAAUAACGGUUACCUAUUAUAGAAAGUUACGUGCCAUAAUUUUGAUAGGUCAAUUAAUUUAUCUUUUACCUCAUGUUGUAGUCAAUAUGAAAAGUUUAAACUAAUAAACGUGUGAAUUAAAAUCGCUUUUACUCAAAGUGGAACGAAAAUGUAUGCAACAGGUUUCUGCUUGGAAAACUUUCAGCAAUGCCCGCUUUUGCCUACAUUUUCAUUAAUAAUUUAUCUAGCAUUUCAUCUAAGAUAGAACAUUUCAUUUUAUCGCUUUGUUCGUUUUCUAUUUGUCUACUAGGUAGAUUUUGUAAAUAGUUUUGUAUUUAUUUAACGUAACUUUAUUUUGUUUUAAGGCAUUAUUUGUCAAUUAAAGUAUAAAAUUAU